AUGGCCCAAAAGUCUUAUCCGUCGCGUGGCCAUGGAGUGGGGGCACAUUCCCGACUGGAUACUCUCCGAAAGACGUUGACAGGGAGCCAUUUACAGACAGAAAACAUAUUUAAUUUACAUCAGAAAUUAGACGCAGCUCCGGCGGACCUCCCACAAGGGUCACAAUUUGGUUGCUUUUCUGAGCUCGGUUCAGGCGACAACGCUCUUGACAAAGAGGAACAUGCAGGUGAGGAUGACUCUGGGUGGGAGAUAAAUGGGAUGGUCGACGGUAGUCAAACAGAAGCACCGGAAAAGUGCCAUCAAGGAAGCUCCCUGAAGGAAGCAGUCCAUGAGCUAAGUGAAAGAAUUGAAGCGUUGGAAACCAGCAUGGCACGGCAGAAAAAAUGGAACGUCGACAUGGAAAUGGCAGCGAGUAGGAUGCGGUCCGCAGUUAAUGGAAAUUCGGAGACGAAGAAGACAAAUGCAAAACGUUAA